AUGUACCCGGAACGCCGUAUGCAUACGAAGUUUCCACCAUCCGAAAACUUCUUCGUCCAACCCCAAAUCCCGCAACAACUCAACAUGUCUUUCCGAGGAAGGGGCACAGGUGCUAACCGGGGUGGCUUCGGCUCUAGAGGCGGCGAAAUGGGCAGUGUGAUGCACAGCUGCGAAAACGAGAUCGUCUGCGAGUCGAUCAACCCCAAGAUCCCGUAUUUCAACGCCCCGAUCUACCUCGAGAACAAGACCCAAAUCGGCAAGGUUGACGAGGUCCUCGGCCCCAUCAACCAGGUCUACUUCACCAUCAAGACCUCCGAGGGUAUCCAAAGCGAAUCCUUCAAGACUGGCGACAAGGUCUUCAUUGGUGGUGACAAGCUCCUCCCUCUGGAGAAGUUCCUCCCCAAGCCCAAGCCUCCUCCUGGAGCUGCUAAGCCCAAGCGCGCCGGUGGUGCCCCACGUGGUCGCGGCGGAUUUGGAGGUGGCCGUGGGGCUCCCCGUGGCGGUCGCGGAGGGUUCUCUCGUGGAGGUGGUGGAGGUUUCUCCCGUGGAGGAGGUGGUGGUUUCGGUGGUCGUGGCGGUAGUGGUUUCGGUGGCCGCGGCGGUGGUCGCGGCGGUGGAUUCUCCCGUGGAGCUCCUCGUGGUGGUGGCCGAGGCCGAGGAUGGUGA